AUGCUGCCUCGGGUCGCCCUCCAAAGCCCUUGCUCCUGCGAGCGGCGGCAUGACAGGCAGCCCCUGCUGGGCCGCCAUGCUGGACUGGCGUCUUUCGUUGCAGAUGACAGGGUCGAAGAAACCAUCUGGGAGUACAAGGCCCUGAUCCUGGACAGGGACAAAAAGUCCAAGGGCCCCAACACUUGGGUAAGCAGUGCCAACUCCUUCGUCCGAGUCAAUGACGGCGGGCCCGCAGCGCUGCACGAAGUGUGCGAGUUCGGCAACCGAAGCUCACACGACGUAGCAUUCAGGGUCACUAAAACUUGCGGGCUUGAAUUCAUCCCCGACCAUGGAGUGCUCAAGCCAAACGAGAAGGUGCCGCUCAAGUUCAGUCUGCAUCAAGGCCAGAAAUGCCCGGACUACGCUGAAAUCGAGAUCUUGGCCAUUCGUGUGAACGAAGCCAACAGCCGAAAGAUCGAAGACAAAUGGCGCCUUGUUCCCUCGAACAAAGUUUCGCGUGUCCGUCACACUGUGGAGUUCAAAACUCUCAAGGGAGGUUCGCGCAGCUUUAGCGAAGCGUCGCCUGGACCGGCAGUUCCGCCGCCUGCGAAGUCGCCGCCGGGGAUGAACGCCGUGAAAACCGAACCGGGCGUUCCGGGAGAACCGACAGCUCUUCGGAAUUUCCCGAGCAACGUCGCUGCCAAGCGCCCCCAGAGUCGAGAUUCCCAGACGGACAAGACGCGCACCCUGUCCGAAGCCCCAAGUUGUGAAACGGUGAGUGCAACCAACACCUCGAUGCGGGCGCUGAACGUGACCGUCCUCCUGCUGGCUCUGGCAGUGCUGUACCUCUCGCUCCAAGUGCGGAGCCUAUGGUCUCGAGUGAACGGCAUGGGGGACAACGCCUGCGAGGGACGCUUCUGCGUCUGGUUUCUCUGCCGCUGAAACCAGGCAGUUUUCCCGGCGGUCUGGCAUCGGCCCGGCCUCGCAGUCACUCCUCGGGGAAUCCCCUUGGCCACGGAGAAAGCUUCUUUGAUCGAGGACACUGCUGUCGUCCGCGCCGGUGUGCGAUGUGGCAAAAGCACCGGAAUGCU